CAAAAUACUCACAACCUUCCCUCGCCUCUUGCCUCCCUACUCUCUUUUCGCCAAGGAAACCCUCGCCUCGCCUCGCCUCAACUCUCGUCUUCUCCCUCUCCGGCGGAGGCGGCCGCGGGCCUCGCCUCGCGCGGCCACCGGCGAGCAGGCGCAGGCGCUCCUCUCCCUUCCCGGCCCCGCCCCUCUGCCUGCGCGCGGGCCCUCUUCAUCUCCCGGCCGGGCCGGCCCGCGCCGGCGGAGCGUCUCCCCGUCUCCAAUCGAAUUGAAGGGGGUGAUCUACAUUAUUUGGUCAAGAUAGCGAGUAAAAUCUAGAUGUAAAGUUUGUUGUGGGCUUGGGAAACUUGAAGAUGAUUAAAGAGUCUUCAUCUCCUGCAUUUGAUGCUGAAAAAAUAGAAGUACCUUCACCAAAGGACGAAAAUAAUUCAUCAAAUUCUGAAGCUGCUACAGACAAUGAAGACUUUGAAAUAAGCGAUGACGACGACGAUGAUCGUAACCACAAGCACCGGAAGCGGGAGGCGAGACCUCAAUCUUUUGAUGAGAACACUGAGCAAUCUCCAGGAGGUCUUCUGAAGAAAAGGCAGAAAAUUUCUGGUGGAGCUGAUUCACAUGGGGAAGCACAGAAAGAUUUCUUACCUAAAUUCAAGAGGCGCCCUGGAGCAGGGGCUCAUAGUCGGGGACCUCGGGUGAACCAACCUUUCCGUUCUGAUUCAUCAUCUUCUGUGGCUCCUCGCCCUCCUAUGACACGGGGAAGAGGAAGGAAUGGUGCACCCUGGACUCAGCAUGAACCAAGAUUUAACACACUUGACAUGAUUGACUUUGCAUCACAGAUGGCCUCUCAAGGACCACCAACACAUCCUAACUUAUUUAUGGGUGCUGCAUUGCCAGGUGGUGGUAGUGCACAAAAUGGUUCGUGGGGUCCAUAUGGAUUUAUGCCUGGAAUGCCUAAUGGAAUGUUGGAUCCAAUUCACCCACUUGGAAUUCAAGGCCCUAUCCAGCCUGCAAUAUCUCCUUUAAUUGAUCUUGGCAUGCCUCGUCAGCGUUGUAGAGACUUCGAGGAGCGUGGAUUUUGUUUGAGAGGGGAUAUGUGUCCCAUGGAGCAUGGUCUGAAUAGAAUUGUUGUUGAAGACAUGCAGAGUCUGUCGCAGUUCAAUCUUCCUGUCGCAGUUCCAAAUACUCAAGGACUGGGAAUCCAAAAUGAAGCGGGAGCUGCACCUGUGAACACAUCAAGCCUUGGUGGCAGCAAAGGUGUUCCUGCAAAAGACAUCAAGUCUGGUGUGACAAAUGAUGUACUGAAGCUAAACGGAACCACUACUUCAGCUGUUUCUGUUUCUGAUGCUGAUGUAUAUGAUCCUGAUCAGCCUCUAUGGAACAGUGAACACCCUGAUGCAUCUUGUGCUGGUUUUGCACAUAAUGAUGGAGUAUGGAAUGCUGAAUCCUCAGGCUAUGAAGCAGUGCGGGAGCAGGGGAACCAGGUUUUUGCAGCUGAUAGCUCACAGAACUCAAAAUCUUCUGUUUGGGGACGAAUAGCAUCAAAGAAACAAGGGCCUGGCAAGACAGCUAAUGCUACUUCAACUAGUGCCACUGGAAACAAAAGGAAUGAAAGUUAUGAUGAGAUGACUCCUAGCACUGUCCAUGUCAAUCCUGCUUCUGCUAAAGACACCAAUGGUCAAUCCAAUUCAAGAAUAUUUGGAGAUAUGGGCCGCCAAAGUAAUCGGGCUUCUCAUAAAGCAUCCCGUACACUUUAUGUAAAUGGCAUUCCUCUAGAAAGCAAUAGAUGGGAGGCCCUUCUUUCACACUUCCAGAAAUUUGGACAAGUGAUAGAUAUCUAUAUUCCAUCUAACAGUGAAAAAGCUUUCAUCCAAUUCUCUAAAAGAGAAGAGGCUGAAGCUGCCCUUAAAGCUCCAGAUGCUGUAAUGGGAAACCGCUUUAUAAAGUUAUGGUGGGCCAAUAGAGAUAGGAUCCCUGAUGAGGGAGAGGGCAGAAUCCCAGCAAAAUCUUCCCAUGUGACCACACCCCUGGCCAAUUCUGUCCCACCUCAGCCAUCCUCUUCCAACAGAGGCAAGGAAAAUCUUCAAUCUGCAACUCCAAGGGCUAGUUCUGGAUCUUCUGCUGAAGCAUCAGGUCAUGGUACAGUUCCUAAAAUGCUAUCUGCAAAUAGUGUAAAAUCAGUACCUCCUGACUCAAAAAGGCAAGAAAGUCUUGAACUCUUGGAAGAACUCCGUAAAAAGCAGGAGAUCUUAGCUCAGAAGCGUGAUGAAUUCCGUCGACAGUUAGAGAGACUGGCAAAGCAAAAGGGCUUAGCAACUUCAGCCAAACAGGCAGAGGGUGGUGGAAAAGAAGUUUCUAAUGAUGUACAGAGUACUACUGAUUCAAAGUCCAUGAACACCAGGACAGAAGGGCAUCAAGACGUUGCUGGUACACUGCAAAAGAGAACUUCUGGAGAGCUGGCUUCAUCUGCUCACAAACCUUCUGCAACAUCUGCACAGAAAUCUGCUGUAGCUGCUAAGCAGACAAGUCCUCUGUUAGCACCAUCACAGAGUAGGUUUAAGCUUGACAAUCGAACCACGUCAUUUCGAAUCCUUCCACCUUUGCCACCUGAAAUCGCAGAUGAAUCUGUCUUGAAAGAUCAUUUCAUGUCAUUUGGGGAACUUUCGUCUGUUGUUCUGGAAGAUACUGAAGCCUACAACAAUGAUGCUACCUUAAAACCUUCUCUGAGUUGCUCAGCUUGUGUGACUUAUACAACACGAUCAUCUGCCGAGAAAGCAUUUAUUGGUGGCAAAUCUUGUAAAGGGCAUACACUACGAUUUAUGUGGUUAACAGCCUCUCCUGGUUCGAGUAACCAUUCUAGAUUCCAGAAAAUGUCAAUUCCUGCCAGGACCUCAAGUUUCUCCAGUCAAACUCAAAACAUGCCAUCUGAUUCGUCAAUUCCUGUUGGAAAAAUCUCAUCCACAGUCAAAUCCGGUACAACUAAGAAGCCUCACAGUGAAUCCAUGCAAACUGCUGCAACUGCGAAGGCAUCUGUUGAAAUUCAUAAAGCUUUGUCUUCUAGUUCAUCUCUCUCAUCAAAUGUAGAGUGCCCCUCUGAAGACAAUGAUGCAAGGAAUGAUACCUUUAGAGAUUCUGAUGUUUCACAAUGAGGUCAAGGAUUGAAGAUUUGAUGACAAUCUGAGGCUUCAGUUUGGUGGCUUGUCUAUCCCAAAUCUGCACCUUGUCAGAUCCCCGGCGCAUUUAAGUUUUUGAAAAUACCGUUCAAAUUAUCAAUAGUUUAUUUUGCGGCAGCAUUGGGACAAAACCCAUGAAAGGCAGAAAGGUAAAAGGGUAGUGUUAGGGUCUGAACUACGCCGGCUGGCAUUUUGGUAAAUCAUUGUCUGAUCCUCUUUGUGAGAGAAUGUGAUUGGUGUUAGAUUGUUGUAUACUUCUCGAAUGGAAGUAGCAUCCUGCUGAAAGCCGUUCAUACUGUGUUGUUAGGCCUGUAUUUUGUAGCUCUCCCUUGCUGAAAGCAGCUCCAUGUGGAUUCCAUUUUGCGCUCCCUGAAGCAGCAUAACUUUUUUUCUUCUCCCUUUCGUUUCUCAUCUACUAAGUUUCUGUUGAUAGGAAAAACAUAUGACAUACAUGACUGCAUUUUUUUCACUGCAACUUAUCUAACCAAAUAUACCUUGACUAUAGUGUUAACUAUCUUCUGCUUGGCAUGGUCACAUCUUCUCUUCGAAUGUUGAUGCCUGGCUGUUGACUAUAUUCUCUCUUGGAAUGUUAAUGACUGGCUCUUUUGUUAAGUUUCUCCAUUUGCUGGAAAACACGAGUUAUUUUAGAUAAGAUAGGCCAAGAAAAAGAAGUGGAAGAAAUAUUUUUUUUAAAGAUGGAGGCAAAGAAAAAAAAGAUUAAGAAUCGGAGGGGGGAAUGAAUGAUGAAAUUGAAAAAUUGAUCCCACGACUGUAUCAUUUGGGAGAAAACAAAAGCAGAAGAUGGGAGACGGAGUAAAACUGUAGCAAUUUCGUUUGUUCUAUUCAAGCUGUUUCAUUUCAACUCAUACCAUCUCUCCAUUUCAUCUCAACCAAGUUGGAAGAUAUAAUAAAAGAAAAGAAACGGCAAACAGGUCAGAUCGAGUUCGAGUCACUUUGCUGCAAACUCCCCUCGAGCCAGAAAGCCUGAAGAACCUACCAAACUGCAAUCGAUCACCUCUACGGACGCAAAUUAACGAACUCACUCGACAUAAACAGCAAACAGAACCGUGUAG